AUGAGCGACCGUCGCCGACAGGAAAUCGAGGAGAAGCGUGCAAAGCUCGCCGAGCUAAGGCGGGCCCGCGACGAGCGCAAACAGCUCCUCGCAAACACAGACCAGGCGUCAGAGCCCAUGGCCACAAACCGCCGCGACGUCAACGACCUCGUCGACUCCCUCCUCACCCGCCCCGCCUCCCCGUUCACCCCGGCGCCCUCUUCCCGCCCCUCCGCGUUUGGUACGCCUGGACGACCGUCAGGGUCGACCCCUCCGUCCAGUAUACCUGGCACUCCGGGAGGUCGCGCAAGCCGACUGAGCAAUGAGGGAAGCUCGGGAAGGGCCACUGGACCUACCGCUGGUAUGGGCAUGACAGGCCUGCCUUCUGGUGCCGAUAGGUAUCAUCUUUCCGUUCUGACAGGUGGUUGUACUGAUUCCGGUCUUAGAGAUAGCAUGAUGUCUCCGUUUUCUCGGCCUGCGACCGACUUUGUGGACCAUCAAGAAGAGCUGUUCGAGCUUCCUACAAAGCCAGCUCCAGUCACCUAUUCCAAAGGAAUCCAAACGAUGGUCUCGUCGUUUGCAGCGGACGUCAAUUUUGACGACGACUACAUCUCGGACACUGAAGAAGAAAGACAACGAAAGAGGAAUUUGCGGGACGGCGAAACUGGAAGAGAGACCGAGGAUGAGAUGCGGAAGCGGAUCUUGGAGGAGUUGGAAGAGGAGAGGAAGGCCUUGGAGAAUGAACUGAAAGAGCAAGGUGCAGAGCUUUCGGAUGAGCAACGUCAAGCCGUCUUUGCGGCUCCGGACUUUUCGUCCUUCAUCGAACAGUCGACGCGAAUAACUCAGAGAGCCCUUAGUGAUGGGUAUGACUACAUUAAGGACUAUACUAUUGGUGGCGACGGUGCUUUUGACGAGUCUGAGGGUGUGAAGGUCAAGCUCUUCUGUGCGUUCUCCGACGAAAGAUGGACCAAUGGCCGUUCCGUCACAGACGUAGACUGGUCACCGAAGGCGAAAUUGAGUGCCGCGUCCUACAACAGAAAUCCUUCAGCAGUCAACGAUCCCGAUGGGAUCGUUGCUGUUUGGAAUCUCCACCUUCUGGAACGACCCGAGUUCAUCUUUCACUCACCUUCCGAUGUGCUAUCCGUGACCUUCUCCCCAUAUCACCCAACCCUCAUCUUUGGCGGUUCUUACUCUGGCCAAGUCCUUCUCUGGGACACUCGAGCGAAACACCUUCCAGUUCUCAAAACCCCUCUGUCGGCAACAGGUCACACUUACCCCAUCUAUGAUAUGAAAAUGGUCGGAACGCAGAACGCCAACAACCUUAUUUCGAGCAGUACGGACGGACUCGUCUGUUCGUGGCUUGCCGACAUGCUGGCUCAACCCCAGGAAACUCUCCCCCUCACCAUGCCAUCGCACAACAAGACCGAUGAAGUCUCCAUCACCACCUUUGAUUUCCCCGACAACGAAACCUCCACCUUCUGGAUUGGUACUGAAGAAGGCUCCGUCUACCAAGCCAAUCGAUAUGACCGUGCUUCCGCCAAAGCGGGAUCAAACACUGAAGACAUCUACAAAGGUCACGCGGCGCCUGUAACGGGCCUACACUUUCACCCAGGAACGGGGUCGAUUGAUUUCUCAGACUUGUUCUUGACGAGUUCGAUCGACUGGACGGUCAAACUUUGGCGGACGAAGGCUGCUGCUACCGCUGCCACCGCGAAGGGCACUACUGGAUCUGGGGUGCAAGGUGGCAAAGGGGAGGAUAGGGUAGUUCCGCCAAUGCACUCUUUCGAGGAAGCGGGGGAUUAUGUGUUUGAUGUCAAGUGGCAUCCGCACCAUCCUGCUGUUUUCGGAUCAGUGGACGGGACAGGCAAAUUCGAUCUAUGGAAUAUCAAUCAAGAUGUCGAGGUGCCGAUCACAUCCACCCAAGUCUCUCCCCGGGCUAUCAACAAACUCGCCUGGGACCGUACUCCCACCUCUCGUAAGGCGGCGCUAGGCUCCUCGGAUGGGAAAGUGUAUGUGUACGACGUCGCGGAGAAGCUUGUCUUGCCACGAGAUGGGGAGUGGGUAGAGAUGCAGAAGACCGUGCAAGGAAUGGCAGCGGCUAGGGAGGUUGGCGGAGCGGGUGUUUUCGGGGGUGAGGCCGGGAUGGGAGCUGGAAAGUAUGACAGGAGGGCUUAA